AUCUCUGUGCCCCAAGAAAUAAAGGCGUCGCAGCUGUGGACUGAGAUAGAAACGCGGCAUCCGGGGCUGGCUGAUGUCAGGAACCAGGUGAUCCUGGCUGUGCGUCAGGAAUAUGUCGAGCUUGGAGAUCAGCUCCUUCUGCUUCGAGAAGGAGACGAAGUCGCCAUCAUCCCCCCCAUUAGUGGAGGCUAGUGCUGGGGGGCCCCUGCAGGAUGUGAGGGCAGCUGUGGGCGAAGAGGAAGAGGAACCUAAAGACAUCAUCAAGUUCACGGCCGAGAAGCUGUCCGUGGAGGAAGUCUCGCAGCUGGUGACGUCCCCGCUCUGCGGUGCCGUGUCCCUGUUUGUGGGGACCACAAGGAAUAACUUUGAAGGGAAAAAAGUCAUGAGCUUAGAGUACGAAGCGUACAUUCCGAUGGCGGAAAACGAAGUCCGGAGAAUUUGUAGCGACGUGAGGCAGAAGUGGCCGGUCAGGCACAUCGCCGUGUUCCACAGACUCGGCCUGGUCCCCGUGUCCGAAGCCAGCGUUGUCAUCGCCAUGUCCUCCGCCCACAGGGCUGCGUCCCUCGGAGCCGUGAGCUACGCCAUCGAUGCCCUGAAGGCCAGGGUGCCCGUGUGGAAGAAGGAAAUCUAUGAAGAAUCGUCAUCAUCUUGGAAGAGAAACAAAGAAUGCUUUUGGGCAACCGGCGAUUAAAUCGCUCAGAUUGGUGAAGUGCUCACGCGUAGAUGUGGCCGCCUGACCUUGGACCACAUUUUGAUUUUCCUUCUCCAGAACUCAGGAGCGUUUGGGGUGAGGUCUCACACUGGAGCUAGAGAGAGGGACAGCCUUUAGGGGAAAACAGAAGAUAAUUUACACGUGAGGAAAGAUGUCCGCGGUAGACAAAUGAACCCAUGACUAAUGAUUGUAACUGGAUUCACGACUCUGUCUCAGGAACCCCCACCUCCCCCCCCCCCACCCCCACAGCCAGGGCACCACUAUGGUGCUGGCAGAACUGGAGGGCACAUGAAGUCAUUGCCGGACAGUUGUGAUAUAUUCUCAGAAUUUAUAUAUUUAAAAAGUGAACCAAAUAAACACAUGAUUAAAAAAGCC